GCCCAUUUCUAACGGGUCAUAUAGUUCGCACUUCGGAACAUACAUAGUAAAAUCGCAUAAGGAAUAAGCAUAUGCUUCGUUAAUCCGCAAUCUAAUUCCUUACCAUUUCUUCCACCAUUUCUUCCUUUUUCCAGGUUUAUUACAACAAACAACACUCCAUCUUUCUCUCUCCUCCAAGCUUUCUUCCAUGGAAGAUCACCAAACCCUAAUUCAACCUCCAGAAUCUUCCGACGAUCACCGCUCGGUAAACGCCACCUCCGCCACCGCCUCCGACGACGGCGAAGAGGAGGAGACGAUCACCUCACUCGAUCUAACGAGUUACCAGCUCCAUGACCUCGACUCAGUCGAGUUUCCUCCGAGUCUUGUCGAGUUAGACUUGACUGCUAAUCGUCUCUCUCAAUUGGAUCCUCGAAUUACUCUUCUCUCUCACCUCAAAAAGCUCUCUCUUCGUCAGAAUCUCUUUGAUGAUGCUGGCAUUGAACCUCUCUCUAAUUCUCAUGCCAUUUCUGGGCUCGAGGAGCUGGUACUUAGAGACAACAAACUUACAAAGAUACCUGAUGUAAGCAUAUUUAAGAAUCUUCUGGUGUUUGAUGUAUCUUUCAAUGAAAUACCCUCUGCAAGUGGGUUGUCAAAGGUCUCAAACACUCUCAGAGAACUUUAUGUGUCCAAAAAUGAAGUCACUAAGAUAGAGGAAAUUGAGCAUUUUCAUGAGCUGCAAAUUCUCGAACUUGGCUCCAAUAGGUUGCGGGUGAUGGAGAAUCUAGAAACUUUGAUUAACCUGCAAGAGUUAUGGCUUGGUCGAAAUCGGAUCAAAACUGUCAACUUAUGUGGAUUAAAAUGCAUUAAAAAACUUAGUUUGCAGAGCAACCGCUUGACAUCAAUGAAAGGAUUUGAGGAAUGUGUAGCCCUUGAAGAAUUAUACUUGAGCCAUAAUGGAAUUACAAAAAUGGAAGGGCUAUCAACGUUGGCAAACCUCCGUGUCUUGGAUAUUGCAUCAAAUAAGUUAACAUCAAUAGAGGACAUUGAAAAGUUGACAAGGUUGGAAGAUCUGUGGCUGAAUGAUAACCAGAUUGCCUCUCUGGAUGGUAUGGCUGAGGCGGUUGCUGGUUCGAGGGAGACACUUACCACUAUCUAUCUUGAACAUAAUCCAUGUGUAAAAUCUCCCAACUACACGGACACCUUGAGACAAAUCUUCUCAAAAAUCCAGCAGAUUGAUUCUCAAGUUUUUGUUUAUUAAGACAGUUUUGAUCACCUAAGAGUGUAUACUUUUUAUGAAAGUUCCAGAAAUUACAGUUCUGAUUAUCCUGGGACAAAUUAUGAAGACGAAAUGUAGAUUGAGUACAGCAUAGGACCAAAGUGCAUAUCCACUAUAAUUACCGAGACGAUGACAAUCUAGUAGCUUUUAUUUUUGUGAUGACCUUUUCCAUGAGGCUUUUUCUUGUGACAAGGUACUUCAGCUACAGUCCUUGUACUAAGGUGUCAUUUUAAAGAAGUAUUUGAACAAAAGCAUGUGGAUUUGACUUGAAUCAUAACAUUAUGUAUGCUCAAUUUUUUAACGAUGUACUAACUCAAGAUCAAGAUUUUUGAGGGUUGUAAUUGUAAUAUUUAUAUACUUUUUCUUAAUUAAGUCUUUUAUGGGGUAUGCGUAUGCCUUGUGAUCUA